CAAGUAAACCAGAGCAGUCUCUACAGCCCACUAGCUCCUCAACUCAGUCUAUGUACACGCAGUGACUCGUGUGGAGCUGUCCGUGGUGCUGAAACCAGACGCCGCCGCGUUCCCGUGACUCUGAGUGAACGCUGACCGACUGGAAACGAGUGAUGGCGCUGUGCUCCUGACAUUUCCCUCCAAGCAGCCGCUCUCUGCGCAAUGGCCACUUGAGAGCUGCUUUCCUUUAAGGAGGAAUCUCCGCUCGUCCUGCGCUCCACACGCGGAUGGAACUUCAUUCUUUGCGUUUUGCCUCUCCCACGAAUUUCACUGGACUUUUUGUCCAGGAAGAACGAGCAUCGCGGACGGAAUGACUUCUCCAGCACUUUUCCCCUCGCUCUCAGCGGAGUUGCUUUCUUAGGCGCCCGCCGUUGCCGUGCAGCUCCUCCAGGACUCGUUUACGCAGAGCCAGCCGAACGGAGACGCUGCACGCCGCCACAGCACAGCAUGUAAACGGAGAAACAUGCCGCUGACAGAUCGCGUAACGUGACGUCAUCCACUUGAAAAUGAUUGCUUUGAACAGCGACUGCACGACUAUGGUGAGAAGAUGUCUUCUGACGUUCAAGCCCUUCAGGAUUUUUGUGGUGGGGAUCGGCUUCUUCAGCCUCUGCUUCUUAAUGACCUCUCUAGGGGGCCAGUUCUCGGCCAAGCGGCUCGGGGACUCUCCCUUCACCAUCCGGACUGAAGUAUUAGGUGGGCUGGAAUCUCGUGGAGUCCUGAGGAAGAUCAGUGACAUGCUGGAGAUCAUUUUGAAGAGAAUCGACACUCUGGCCAAACUCAGCAACACCAGUGAAAGUCACAGGCUGGAGGAGCUGAGCUCUGCUCUCGACAGGUUCCAGCCAGUGGGGCUCGUGGAGCGGAUUCAGGCCAUCGCUCAGAAUGUGUCUGACAUGGCUGUGCGUAUGGAGCAGAUCCUGCAGAAGAGUAAGAACACUGGCAGAGGGAGAGAUGGAAUGGCGGGCCAGUGCGAAGUCCCAAAGGAUCCUGGGUACCCAGACUGCGCCAGUAAAGUUGAUUGGAUGAGGGCCAGGUGGACGUCAGACCCCUGCUACGCUUUCUAUGGAGUAGAUGGAUCUGACUGCUCCUUCCUCAUCUAUUUAAGUGAGGUGGAGUGGUUCUGCCCCCCGCCGGGCUGGAGGAACCACAGCAGCCAACCCACAGUCAGCAGUACACCAAAGAAACAGGCAGUGGUCCGUUCGGACUUGGGUCCACUGCUGGAGCAAGUGGGUUCAGGGAAGGAGUCUCUGAGCUUCAUGAGAAGGAGAAUGCGCAGGCUGGCCGUGCAGUGGGCCGUAGCAGCUCGCAGACUAGACGAGCGUCUGCGCAGCCGUCAGAGGCAGCAGAAGAGGGUCUUGGUGCAUGUGGGCUUCCUGACAGAGGAGUCUGGGGAUGUGUUCAGUCCUAAAGUGUUGAAAGGAGGGCCGCUGGGAGAGAUGGUGCAGUGGGCUGAUAUUCUUACAGCCCUUCAUGUGCUGGGACAUAACCUCAAGAUUUCAGUCUCCGUCAAAGAGCUGCAGGGGUUCCUUGGCGUUCCCCCAGGGAGAGGAAGCUGCCCGCUGCGAGGCCCACUUCCCUUUGACCUCAUCUACACUGACUACCAUGGACUGCAGCAGAUGAAGCAGCACAUGGGCCUCUCACUCAGGAAGCACAAGUGUCAUAUUCGGGUGAUUGACACAUUUGGCACAGAGCCAGCAUAUAACCAUGAAGAAUAUGCUACGCUACAUGGCUACAGGACCAACUGGGGCUACUGGAACCUCAACUGCAGGCAGUACAUGACCAUGUUCCCGCACACUCCUGACAACUCAUUCAUGGGUUUCGUGGCUGAAGAAAUGAACGAGACCGAGAGGCUCAGCAUUCAGCGAGAGAAAGUCAACAACAUGGUUGUGGUCUACGGCAAAGAGGCCAACAUGUGGAAGGGUAAAGACAAGUUCCUCACCAUCUUGCACCGCUACAUGGACAUCCACGGAACAGUCUACUAUGAGACCCAGAGACCUCCAGAAGUACCUGCCUUUGUCAGGAACCAUGGCCUGUUACCCCAACACGAGCUCCAGCAGCUGCUUAGAAAGGCCAAGCUUUUUGUAGGAUUUGGCUUUCCUUAUGAAGGUCCUGCACCUUUGGAGGCCAUAGCCAAUGGGUGCAUUUUCCUGCAGCCCAAAUUCCAUCCACCCCGCAGCUCUCUCAAUAACGAGUUCUUCAGAGGGAAGCCCAUGUCCAGAGAGGUGUCAUCUCAGCAUCCCUAUGCUGAACAGUACAUCGGCAGACCCCACGUCAUCACAGUAGACUACAACAAUUCGGAGGAGGUCGAGGUGGUCAUCCGGGAAGUCCUGAAAGCCAAGGUUGAGCCUUUCUUGCCAUAUGAGUACACCUGUGAAGGAAUGCUGGAGAGAGUAAACGCUUACAUCCAGCAUCAGGACUUCUGUCACCUGGAUGGUCCUUUUCCCUCAGCCAAUGACUCCAAGUUAUGGCCUGGGAAUCCGCCCAGCCCUUUCGUCCUCCUGCCUAACUCUACAGUUGUGGUGUGGGCCCCAAACGUCACGGCUCCAGCCUGCUGGCCCCCUCUCAGUGCCCUCAGGCUGCUCCUGGCUCGUGAGGCUUUCUCCUGUGUGAAGACAUGCCAGGACUCGGGCCUGGUCUGCGAGCCUGCCUUCUUCAAUUUCAUCAACAACAUGGAGGCCUUCAAUGGGCUGGAUGUCCAGUGCGAAGCUCUGGAAGCAGAGAAGAACCACGUUUUCCCAGCUGUGGCUGUGGAGAGGAGGGAGUGUUUCCUGCAGAAGGAACCGCUCCUGUUCAGCUGCGCUGGGGUCAGCACCAAGCACCGGCGCCUCUGUCCCUGUAGGGACUACCUCCCAGGCCAGGUGGCUCUGUGCAGGGAAUGCCUAUGAGCUUAUUAUACAGCUCGGGUAACAUCGGUAGUACACUCUGGCCAGUCCCAGGUGAGGUCAGGCGAUAGCCUUCUCCGAAGCAAUAGGGUCAACAGGGUCAAGAGGCUAACAGACUAAGGCCACUCAUGCCAGAGGUGUCCUGAAGGCCAGUGCAUCCCUCCAUGCAUCUCUGUGCUCUAGAUCAGGCAGAGGACACAAAUCCUACAGAUGCUGGACUGUGCUGUAGGAUCCUCAGCUUGGGCCAGCUUCAGGAGGUGGACUGCUUGAGAGAGUGUGAAAGAUCUUUCAUUUUUUUAUGUAGAGGGCAAAAAUGGCUAUUUUUCAUGGCUCUUGUUUGAGUGUUGUUCUGUCUAAAUUGACUUUGUAGUGAAAGGAAGUAAUCAGAUCAAACCAAAUGUUAAAAAGAAAUUCCUCUGAUUUUUCAAAUUGUUCUUUUUUGCAAUUCAACGGUUGAGAUUUAAACAAAGUCUUUCAGAGUGUUAAGUGCAAAACCGUUCAUUGUAGAGAAGCUUGCAGGCUCGGAUUUCUAUACAGUGGUCAGGGGUCACUAUAUUUGUGUACAGCAACAAUAGCCAGUUUAGUUAUCAUCAGAAGUAUUUGAAAUUUUUCUGUCAUUUACAUAACAAAUCAUUCUUAAAUCUAAAAAAUGUUCAAUUAAAAAAAAUCUCAAAACCAUCGUAAGUUUCAGGUAUCAGGCUGCAUAUUUGUGACCCUGUCAUGCGAUUAAAGGCAUUAGAUGUCUACUAAAACCACUGUGAGCAAUUCUGACCUGGUAGGUUUCUCUAGAAUGGAACAUUUCACACCCAACCACUCUGAUUCUGUAAGAACUUAAAUUAUGCAGAAUUUUUGAAAACUCAGUGGAAUUCCUCUUUCAUAGUUGUCUUAAAAGUGUACACUCAAAGAAAUAAAUCACUGUGUUAAAAUAACUGAAUUAUGCCACAAAAAAAUACAGUACAGUCAGCGUUUGCUAACAGCUGCCAUUAAAGGCUAUAUCAGUCCAGUUUUAUCCUCUCAUCCUAGCUCUUUUCAACUGCAAAGGUAUGUUGUUUGAGAUUCUAGAGGUCAUUAAAAGGCCAAACGCAUUUGGAAGCUGCAGCCACACCACAGAUAUGGCAGCAUCUUCUGUCAUACAACCAGCUCUAGACAGCACAGCAGCACACAGAAAGGUCAAGUGUCACAUACAAAUAAGAUCAACCACCGAAUGUACAAACCUCAGUUCCAGGAAAGACGGGACUGUAUGCAAAUCGCAAAUAAAAAGGAAAAAGCAGUGCUUUGCAAAUUCACAUUUGGUAUGUAAAUAAAAACAGUACAAAGACAAAGGUAUGUUUUAUCUUAUCUACUUAUCCGUUGUUUUGUAAGCUCAUUAUGAAACUGAUGACUGCAACAUGUUUCCAUACCUGCCAACCUGCACACAUUUUGACACGCUAAACCAUACAAGGCGCAGGUGAUGCCUAUGAGUUCACCUGUGCACGUGCAGUCCUCAAGACCAAAGCUGAGUUCACACGUUUGUGUAAAAAAAAUUCCGCAUCUCAAGACUACGCCGUGAAGCCUAGCAGACAUCGCCAUGGUGACCGCUGUGCCGAAGAAAACGGCGGAUAGUCAGAGGAGAGCUUUAGCAGUGCAGAUCGUUUAUUUAAGGAGGAGAAAGCCAGGAGCAUGCACUGCACACUUUUAUUUUUGUGGUACGAGUUUGUCUGAAAAUCAACAACGAGACAUUUGGCAUCCAUGGCUCCCAGAAAAAAAACCUUGGUUUAUUCCAACUGCUGGCAAAAGUUUGGAAAGUGUUUCGCUCAGUGCUGCGGUCUACAGGCGGUACUGAUCGCAUUGGCAAUUUUUCAUUGCGAUUCUAUUGAAAACAAUGGAAAAUCUGGUUUACCAUCGUCUGUUUGAUGCAAACAUGUGUAAACAGUGCAACAGCACGAAGCAGCAGAAUCUAGACUUCUGAAAAACGAAAGAAGACUUUGAUCAUACCACUGGGUUCAUUCCCCAAAUAUCAAGCAGGGGUGACAAUUGCGUAUUGUCCAUCAUUUCAAGAGACUGCAAAUCGACAGCAACGUGAAAGAGGUUUUAGUGUGCCAUUCCCCCUCCUCAUGCCAUCUGGCUGCUGCCGCAAGGCAGGACGGUGCUCUUAACUCCUUUGCAAAGGUAAACGGACUGGGAUGGAUGUAAUAUUGAGUUAAUUUAACGUAGAACCACCAACCUUGUGAAAAUAUGUAACGUUAAUAACAUUAACCUACUGUUACAUAAUUUGCAAGGCAGCUUGCUUGUUCACCAGGUAUUUAAGUUGGCUAAAUUACAUUAAAUUAUACAGGGUCCGUAUAUCACAGAGAGUUAAACGUGACUUUUUAUAGUACUGUAUUCAGAAUUUUUUCCGCAGCCACACCUGUAACUGUAAAGAGAGGAGCAGAUCAAUGUAAAUGUCUUUUCAUUAAAAGAGUACUUCUCAAGAACAUUGAUGUCUUCAUAGCCGGUUUAUAUGUUGAAUAACUAAACUUGAUAUGGUGGUGAGUGAAGAAAUGACCAUGUGCUAAGUGAAGUGGUGUGAAAGCAUGUGAAACUAAGCUUAAAACAUUUUCCUGUACUUUGACAAAUCAGUGUCAGUUAACACUCUGUGUCUGCAUCCACGAAUGCAAGCUAAGACUGCACUGUGCACAGCAAAAGCCACAUGUCAACAACAUCCAUGCUGCCAACUUCUCUAGGCUUGAGCUCUUCUGAGAUGAACUGAUGCCCAGUGGAAAUAAAGUACACUGUGGUCUGCCAAGUCAACCUCUCAUGGAAAUAAUGGAUGCUGUGUUCUCUAGGUCCAAAACCAAAAGGACCUUCCAGAUUGUUACCAGCAUAAAGUUCAAAAGCCAGGGUCUGUCACGGCAAGACUAACUUGAACAUUUGUGAAGCACCAUUAAUAUUAAAAGACAUAAUGGGGCAACAUCUGUCAGAACAAAACUCAUAUCUGCAAAACGAAAACUUUGCAGAAGAAGGAAAAAACAUACUUUGCUUUUAAUGUAAGUCAAUCAGACUAGUAACUUUGGGCCAUUCACCGUGAAGAUAACACACAACGUAAAGGGCAGCAGGCAUUUUAAAAUCAUCUCAAAAACUGAAAAACAACAAAAAUGGAAACGCAAAGUUUUGUUCUGACAGUGAUUCUAAAUGACAUCUUUUUUGGGACACCCAUGAACAUAAUGCCGAGCCAUAUUCUUCAUGUGUUUCAGCAAUAUGGCUAUAUUGAUCAUUAUUAAAUCAAUAUUAUUUAGUUUUUUAAACAUAAGGAAACAUUCAUUUUUCCAAUAAAAUAAUUGAGAGUAUGGCAACAGAUGCCCAUUAUGGUUACAAAGCUGAAGACUUGUUUACCAGAAGAACGGUAAUUAUACUUUCCAAACUGAAUCAGUUGGCGUCUUAAGCUCCCAAACGUUAAAAGCAAAGGUGAUGUAAGGUGGUAAAUAUACUCCUUUCCCACCAUUUUUGGAACAUGUUGCAGGCAUGAAAGUUGGAAUGAGUGUAUAUAUACAACAAAAGCCAAAAAAGCUCAUAAGGUAAAACAUAAAACAUCAUGUUUUUACUCUUUUCACAUUGAUACACGUCAAACUGAAUUUACAGAUCACAGGUUUUUGUUUUUAUUAGCAUUUCACACACUGUCCCAACGUUUGUAGAAUUGAGGUUUGUAGAACAUCUAUAGUAGGAGUGCUCAGACCUGGUCCUGUAGAUCUACAACCCUGGAGAGCUCAGAUCCAACACACCUGGGUCUAAAAGUUAAAUUCCCCUCAAAGCUUUCGGACCCUGGGUCAGUUGUGUUAAAUGAGGGUUGAAGCUAAACUCUCCAGGGUGGUAGAUCUCCAGGACCAGGACUGAGCACCCCUGAUCAGUCAGCUAAUGAUAGUGUUGUAUACAAACACAUUGUGAGGAGAAUGUAGGUGGAUACACCGCCACAACUAGAGGGCUCGUGUUAAGCGGUUACUUGAAAACAAAAACAAAAGAAUGCUCUUUUCUGCUCUUUCAUGAUCUCUUCCGUAGGGCUGGGACCACCGACCAAUUUAACAAUAGUUAUUGAUAACAUCUAGAAAUUCCAUAAGCAGAAUGGUCGCACUUCACAAUAACAGGCUCUAAUAAACAGCAAUCUAGCCAUUAUUUAAUAGUUUGUUAAUGAUUGUUAAUUUUAUGUAAUUGUUAUAUAAGCAUGAAUGAAUGUAAAAACUUGUUUUAUUAAGCAUUUAUG